CGCAACGUGAGCACUAGAAAGUGUGUAAGAAAAGCGAUGUUUUAAGCACUAAGUAGUGCACAUGAACAGGGUUUAGGGUAGUUUUUGGUGUUUUAUUAUGAGUUAAUGUAAAGCGUGUGAGGAAACAUGUCUCAAGCCGGCUCAAAGAGAAGAAAACUGGACAAACCCGCGGAGGAUAAGCUGUACUUUGAGAGCUACGCGGAUGUGAGUAUCCAUGAGGAGAUGAUCGCGGACACUGUGCGCACUGACACUUACAGGAAAGCCAUAUUUAAUAUCCAAAGUCAGAUCGAGGGGAAGGUUGUGCUGGACGUGGGGGCAGGCACCGGGGUGCUGAGUGUGUUCUGUGCCCAGGCUGGGGCCAGGAAGGUGUACGCCGUGGAGGCCAGCUCCAUAGCAGAGCAGGCCGAGAAGAUCAUCAAGCUGAACAAGGUGGAGGACACGGUGCAGGUGAUCCGGGGCGCUCUGGAGGCGGUGGACCUGCCUGAGAAGGUGGAUGUGAUAGUCAGCGAGUGGAUGGGUUACACCCUGCUCCAUGAGUCCAUGCUGAACUCCGUGAUCGCCGCCCGGGACCGGUGGCUCAAACCCGGGGGCGUGAUGCUCCCCGACAAAGCCGAGCUCUUCAUCGCGCCCGUGAACGACCUGCUCGUGGAGGAGCGCCUCGGCUUCUGGAGCACGGUGAAAAGCCAGUACGGCGUCGACAUGUCCUGUAUGACCGACUUCGCCCGUAGGUGCAUCACGGCCAGCCCGGAGAUCACCAUAAAACCCGUGACCGUCGAAGACGUCCUGGCUCACCCGGUCAAAUUCGCCGAGCUCGACCUCAACACCGUGAACCUGGAGCGCCUGAGCUCCGUCAAGGGCCGUUUCCGCUGCCUCUGCUUCGGCUCGGCCGCCCUCAACGCCUUCUGCGUGUUUUUCUCCGUGACUUUCCCGUCCUCCUGUCCGCGCGGACACCCUCUCGUCCUGUCCACGUCCCCGUUCAAACCCGAGACGCACUGGAAGCAGGCCGUGCUGUACCUGGAUCAGGCCGUGGAGGUCAUGCAGGACACGCUGGUGGAAGGAGACGUGCACAUGUACCCGUCCGAGGAAGGCUCCAGACAUAUAUGCAUCCACAUGGACUAUACGGUGGGGCAGGAGAAAAAGAAGUCGAAGACGUUUUCCAUUUCAGACGGAUCCUCGUACGCAGAGACUCAGUAGGAGCCGAGAACGUUUGUGGUGAAGGUGGUGGUCGGACCCUCACCAGCUCUGAGCUUUAAAGCACCGCGUUAUUACUCGCACGCCUUCUUGUUUAUCUUCCUUCUAGGUGACGUCACGUUUCUAAAUUUUGUAUUUGCCCCGAAUGUUAAGCAUCAAGUCCUGUCCACAAUAAAACGUAUAAACGUU